UUUAGUUAAUAUAAUGAUGUUCAAGGGGCAAACAUGACAAUUCACAAUUUUCGGGAACACCGCUUCUAUAUACGGUGCAGAUUAUAAGCAUUCGGAAAAGGAAACUGAAUUUUUUGCGAGAAUUCUGAAGUCUAGGGAUUCUGACAAUAAAUCGGGAUAUCGUCUUUUUAUCUGUAUCUCUUCAAGUGAUUGCAAGAAAGUCCUCAGAAAAAUUAAGAUUGUCUUGUUGAUGAUACUCAAAAGCUCUUGAUUUGUUCAUGUUAGAAAGGGAUAAGUUGCAAAAAUCAAAUUGGUUGACAUGGGGCAAAGGAAUAUACUGUGCACGAGCCAGAUGAUUGAUUUGGGAGUGGAUCAGCAAGGUGAGGGUCAUCUAUAUCCUGAGCCACAUUUUUUUUUACCAAAUGUGAUGAACACUUCACGGCCCAGUGUCCAUGCAAUGCUGCCAGCUUCUGGGAAUGUGAGUCUUGAAGCCCAUCAUUUACCGGAGCAUUAUGAUUGUGCUGCCUUUUAUGGGGUUAUGCAGUAUGCUGGUGCUCAGCAUUAUCAUCCUACUGCAAAUAUUGAUAUGGGUGGGGCAACUUCAUCGAAUUUCUAUAAUCCUUACAUGACACCUUCAUCUGGUGCUAGAGUGGUCCCUGUUCCUUUAAAUUGUGGGUCUUCUGAUCAGUUGCCAUCUUUAAGUAAUCAUGGAUUUGUUGGAGUUCCUACAGAUGAGUAUGGAAGAAAUAAUCAUUUCAUGGAUGGUGUCAGAGGCUCAUGCAAACGUAAGAAUGGUGAUAGUGCCCGGAAUUUCCCGUAUUUUAGUGCCUCAGCAAGCUCUAGUUCUUCAAUUGCCCCUCCCAAUGCAAGGCACUUCGAAUCUGGAGCUUCAAUGGUGGAUUCUGCAUCUUUCCCCCUUCCGCAAUUCAGGGGUAUUGGUAAUCUGUCAAUUAUGGAAGCAGAACCUCAAAGAAGUGUAAGGAAUAGAUCUGAUACUAUUGGAUUGGAUUCUGUUCUGGCACAUAACCAUAAUCAUUAUGUUCAAGGAAACUAUACAGGUCUGCCUUUUCAGCCAGCCAACAACCACUGGUUUGAGCAACAACCGAGCAGCAGUAGUGUUGAUGGAGGCACUUCAACUUGGAAUCUUACACAUGCUUUGCCUUAUUCUCAUGGGAGCAAUGUUAGUCGGGGAUUGAGAGAAAGUGGGAACUUGGGCAUACCGGGAUAUCCUGAGACAACUAGCACAACACAUUUUCUGCCUCCUCCUCCUCCUCCUAUUCACCACCAGCAUCACAAUCUUCAUCACUCUCUGGGGCCCAUGCAAGGAGUGAGAAGCCAUCAUCAUAUCAACAUUCAUCAUCAGAUUCCACUGCAUUCAUAUGGACUUCCAACAUAUAAUGCCUCACACGGUGUGGUGAAUCCUUCUCAAGAUGGUGCAGAGGUAGGGUCUAGGUAUUCUGGACCUAUGCCACCAACUGGCCUCAGGAUAUACCGGUCUUCCCGAAGGGGAGCUGUACCUGAGGCAACUCCAAGAAAUCGCGAACCCCCUCACUUGAGAUUUUUGCCAGCAGAUGAAGUAGCCAUACUAGAGAUCCCUGGCUUUUCUGAAGUAGGGAAUAUCAUUGAUCAUCAUAGAGAUAUGCGCUUGGACAUAGAUGACAUGUCCUACGAGGAGCUUCUUGCAUUGGGAGAACAGAUUGGCAAUGUCAAAACUGGGUUAUCUGAGGAAACUAUUUUAAAUAAUCUGAAUACAAGAACUUUUCUUCCUUUUGCAACUUGCAAUAAUUUGGAAGAGGCCGCAUGCAUGGAUCAUGAAACUGAUUUCUGUGUUAUAUGCCAGGAACAAUCAGCAGCUGCAGCAGGAAAUUAAAACUGAAAAUUGAAAACUGAAACAAACCAAAAGCCAGUUGCAGCUACCUUCAGUUUUAGAGACAAUGGCUCUGGUACGAACAACACUGGAGAGAGUGAGAGUUGAAUACUUGAAUUAGUUCGAGCAAAGAGACCUCAGACUGAGAAGAAAUCUCGAGGCAGAGAGAUUGUAGGGGGUUGCAGAGAGAGACGAGAGGCUGUAGAGGGUCGCUGCAGAGAGAUGAGAGGUUCGAAUGGGUCGUCGGAGAGAGAUGAGGCGUUGGAAGGGGUCAUCGGAGGCAAAUCAGAGGUUGGAAGGGAUCGUCAACUCAUUGGAGAGAGACGAGAGACUGGAGUAUUCGAAGCCAGACGCAAUCUUUGAAAGAGACAAGAGCUCCGAAGGGGCUGUCGAAGAGAGACGAUAUGUCAGAAGGAGUUGUCGGAGGUAGAUCAGAGGUUGGAAGGGAUCGUCUACUCGUCGGAGAGAGAGGAGGAGCUGGAGGAAUCAUCGGAGAGAUAGGAAUCUUGGAGGGAAGAAGCUUCGUCGAGAGAGGGGGGCUUUGAUGCUCCUAUCAGGCUGCGCUUGUUUUUUUUUUUUUUUCAUAUAUAUUUUAAAUCAGGUGCUCCCAAAAGGCGUAUGCCUUCCCAAAUGAGGCGUAAAAUGCACAAUUUUUUGCCUGAGGCGUACAUCUUCUCCCCUGAGGUGUACGCAUUUGAGGCUUUAUGCCUUUCCAGUUACGCCUUAGGACGUUUUAUGCUCAAAAUGCCUCAAGGCACGCCUUUCAAAUGCCUUUUAAAACAUUGUUAAAAAUUGUGAAUCUCAAAAAUGGCGUAGUGCUUUAUUUUACUUUCUGGUAGCCUGACAUAUUAUUACACUAACAUGUACUGCUUUAUGUUUAAAAUUUUAUCCUUUUUGAAUUGUUAGCAGAAUGUUUUUAUUGGGUGUAUUUAUUGCCACACUUCCCAAAUUUUAUGCUUUAGGUCCUCCGUCUCUUUCUGUGUGGGUUUGGGUGGAGUAAUAUCUAAAUCACUUAAGUUGCUUUGGAUAUUGUAUCAGAUGAACAGUGGCAACUUUCUGUCCCUUUAAUGUUUAUUAUUAUUAUUAAUGUAUUUUGCGUAGCUGACAGAUAAUGGCAUUUGGGAUUCUGCAGGCUGAUUACAGAAACCAGGAGAGGAUAGGAGCCCUUGAUUGUGGACAUGAAUACCAUGCUGAUUGCUUAAAGAAGUGGUUGCUUGUGAAGAAUGUCUGCCCUAUUUGUAAAUCCAUGGCAUUAAACAUAGAAAGGAAGAAUGUAUAGAAGAGGGGGAAGGACCUGAAGAUGAGGGGGUCAUGGUUGGAGAUUAAAGGAAAAGGAAAAACUGCUCGUUGUUCUUCCAUCGAUCUAUUUAUUCUGACCGAGUUUUUAGUUGGUACUUAAAAUGAAUUUAUAUGUAUGGUAAACUUGCGGUUAUGUGACCAACAGACAUACUGCACAAACUAUUGUUCUUGGCCUUAAGAAAAUGGCUUCGAACUCCAGGAAGUAUGCUUUUCAUUUGUUCAAAGGUGUGUCAUGUUCUGUGUUAACCUGCAGAUAUUGCCCUAAUCUUGUUGAUUUAUGUAAAAAAUAUAUAUAAAUAUACUAGUGGAAUGUGAAUAACUCUGUUCAUAGUGCAA